AUGCCGCGCGCAGAAGUUGGAAGCACGAAAUAUAUCGCCAACAGGCUGAAAUCCAAGGGCCUUCAGCGUUUACGAUGGUACUGUCAAGUUUGCCAACGGCAGAUGCGCGAUGAGAACGGCUUCAAGUGCCACACGCAGUCCGAGUCGCAUGUCCGUCAAAUGCUCCUCGUGGGCGAAGACCCAAAAAAGUACAUCCAGGGCUACUCGAAUGAUUUCCAGAAAGAUUUUAUCCAGCUGCUAAAGACGUCCCAUGGCGAAAAGCAGGUUCAAAUCAAUCAUUUCUACCAGGAGUACAUUGCCAACAAGGAGCAUAUUCAUAUGAAUGCCACGAAAUGGUCGAGUCUGACGGAGUUUGCGAAAUAUUUGGGCCGUGAAGGAAUAUGCCGAGUGGAAGAAGGGGAGAAGGGCAUAUUCAUCUCAUGGAUUGAUAAUAGCCCGGAAGCGCUGAGACGGCAGGACGCGAUUCGAAAGAGGGACAGACAAGAUCGCGGCGACGAGGCGAGAGAAAAGAAAUUGAUCGAAAACCAGAUUAAAAGGGCUCAAAAGGAUAAAGGGGCUGCAGGUGCUGAGGAUGAAAGCAUGUCAGAGGCAGCAAAGGAAUUACAGCGAAUCGAGGGAGAGAAAAUUAAACUGAAUUUCUCAUCAAAGGCCGCAACGCAGCCAAGGUCGCGGUCCCCAUUCGCCUCCGAAAAAUCGGAUCAGUCAAAGAUAGACAGUGGAUCCGACGCAAGGAAAUUGGAAACCCCUUCGUCAGAGUCGACACCCGCGCCUACGCCCGCGCCGGAACCUCCGACUCAGGCUCAGAAACCCGCCAUUAAGCUUGGGUUUGGAACUUCCAGUUCGAAGCCGAAGAAUGUCUUCUCGUCAAUGUCGAAAAAGGGAGCACCUUCCAAGAAAGCCGAACCGCCACGCAAGCCGUUAAGCGCCAUUGAACGAGUUAUGAAAGAGGAUAUGGAACGGAAACGCGCGAGGGAAAUGAAUGCAUUCAACGGGUCUAGUAUGAAGCGGCCAAAGAUAUCUUGA